AUGGCGUUCAUUACACUCAAGUUCAGGACAUCCGCAAAGAAGCAUGCUUAUCGAAAACUUUGUUCUAGUGCUGCAUCAUCGCCUGUGGUAUCACCACGCUCCCGAACCCGUGCAGCGCCUCGAUCAAGUGCUGCCAUAACCAAAUCAUCCGAUGAUCGACGACAGAGUCUCAAGUUGACAGUGAAGGCACCUCCGAGCAAGCUCCGCGAAGUCAUGCGAGCCAACGAAGUCCAGUCUUUGCACGAUGUUCUCGGUGGAGGCCAAGUCAUUGAGGGCCGUCGUCGUCGGGCAGCACCACCUCCUCGAUCCAGCACUAGAGCUGCUGGGCGUCAAGUAUACACUGAAGUCGGUGAAAGUGACAUCGAAGAUGAAGACGACGACGACGUUGAGAAGGAUGAUGACGACAACGACUUGGACGACGAGGAUGAAGACGUUGAGAUGGAGGACGCCCCUGUACCGCCAAAAGCCCCGAAAAUUACACUGAAACCACCCGCCAAAACCUCUGGAUCAGGCAAUACUAAGAUCAUCGUGCAGCCUCCAAACGUUGGACAAGUGAAGUCGGUCGAAGACCAAGAGAUGCAGGACGAUCCAGGCGACGAUGAAGUGGACAACGAAGACGGAGAGCAGGAGGAUGAUGACGACUCAAGCAGUGACCAAGACUCUGAGAUUCCUGGAUCUGGAGCAGCAACGCCUGAUCCGACCAAAAUGACGAAGCGUCAGCGUCGAGCCUUUGAAGGCGAAGAGUUCAUGGCGCUCGAAAUGGGUCCUCAACAGCGAAAGUUCUUCACGGACGAGGAGAAAGCCAUGAAAAAGGACGAGCAUGCUCGGAAGCGGAAAGAACUCACCAAACGCAAGGUUCAGGAGGAGAAGAAUGCUGCACUCAACCGACUGCUCAAACCUCAAGCGUCCAAGGCUCGUGGUGCUGCACCCAAACCUGAGACUCUUCUUGCUCUUGAGAAAGCUGGUGAAGGCCCCAUGGAGGAGGAAGCGGUCGAAAAGCCCAAUCCGCUUUAUACCCGCUGGAUCAGCACCAAGAACGGUGUGAGACUCGGUGUGCCGGACGAAUGGCUCGGCAAACAAGCAGGGCGCAUGUUCGGCCCUCCACGUGCCCCGACUAACGGCAAUCUGCCUCCCAGCAAUGGCGCGCUCGUGCAGGAGCUGCCAGUCGAAUGA